AUGCAUCCAGCACGAGCGCUAUUGGAUAGUGCCUCUCAGCCUGACCUGAUGAGCACCCGGCUCGCUCAUCGACUAGGUCUAAAACAAAACCCGAUCAACAUCACACUUAUCGGUGCGGGUCAGUCUUCCACAUCGGUGAAGAAAUCGGUGCAGGCGAAAAUCUCCUCUCGAACGAACCCGUACGAACUGAAUGCUGACUUUUUGAUCGUGGACAAAUUGAUCGGUAAUUUGCCAGCACAUGACGUGCAUAUGGACAAAUGGCAACUACCGUCUAAUUUUAUGCUUGCCGACCCCCAAUUUAGUAAGUCGGCACCGCUCGAUCUUAUCCUCGGUGCCCGGCAUUACCACACGUUUUUCCAAAGCGGGGCGCAAUAUAAAAUCUCGUCGAGCCUUCCUGUCCUCAUCGAAAGUGUAUUUGGGUGGAUAGUGAGCGGCUCCGCAUCCUCCUCGAAUAGCAAUCCUGAAAUAUGUAACGCGUCUUCCGUCAUUUGCAUGAGCACGCUUGAAGAAUCACUCGAGCGAUUCUGGAAAGUGGAAGAGUUACAUGGUAGAGAUGGUUACUCAACUGAAGAACGGUACUGUGAAAAACUAUACCGUGAAACAACGCAACGAGACGAUACUGGUCGUUAUAUUGUCCGCUUACCAAAGCAGCCUGAUUUUGAAGAGAAACUGGGAUUGUCCAAAGCAUCAGCUCUACGGCGUUUCACAAUGCUUGAAAAACGACUAGAACGCAAUCCUGAUGUGAAAACAGCAUAUCAUGACUUCAUGCGCGAGUAUUUGGACUUAGGUCACAUGACGCCAAUUAAUGUUCCCAGCGAUCACGAAUCAGGAUACUAUCUGCCACACCACCCUGUAUUCAAGGCGUCUAGCUCUACAACGAAAACUAGAGUAGUAUUUGAUGGUUCCUCAAAAACAUCCACUGGAUACUCAAUCAACGAAAUCUUAUGUGUUGGCCCAACAGUUCAGGAUGAAUUGCUGGACAUCAUCCUUCAAUUUCGCACAUACAAGGUAGCCCUUGUAGGAGACAUCACUAAAAUGUAUCGCCAAAUACUGCUGCAUCCAGAUGACCGAAAAUAUGCCCGCAUUUGCUUCCGGUUCACUCCGCAUUCACCGAUCCAAUAUUAUGAACUGAACACUGUAACAUAUGGAUUAUCGCCAUCGUCUUUCCUUGCAACUCGAACCUUACUGCAGCUUGCAACCGAUGAAGGAACCGCAUAUCCUGUUGCAGCAACCGCGUUGAAACGAAAUUUCUACGUGGACGAUUUCAUCGGUGGUGCAGAUUCCGUCGAGGAUGCUCGUCGCCUACGAGUAGGACUAGGCGAAUUACUUCGCAAGGGCGGAUUUGAGCUACGAAAAUGGACGUCAAAUCGGUUAGAUGUGCUCAAAGGAUUAACCGCAGAUUAG